AUGCUGGCCACAAGCAGCGGCGUCAUUACCAGCCUGUCCCUGUGGAUUAUUUUCCUCUCCAGCUCGGGUGUGGGCGCGCGGAGGCAGCGCGAUGAUCCUGAUGAUGAGGAGUCCUGGUCGGAGAGUGUUUCCAGGGCGACGUGUGUGUCGCGGUGCCUCAGUUUGCACAGUGUGGCUGCACUCUCGACGCCACUGCAGAAUAAUGGAUCAUUGGGCUGGUGUCACACUCAUAAACAGUGCUCAAAGUGCCUGGAGCCCUGCAAAGACUCCUGGGAGAUGAAGAGGAAAAGCAAUUGCAGAGAGAUGUGUGAGCGGGUGUUUCCCAAGAAGCACUGGGAGUGUGUGACCAGCUGUGAGUUCCUCCAGUCCGUCCUGGCGGUGAAACAGGGCAGCUGUCCACCUCCGGAGAGAGCCAGCGGCUUCGCAGCAGCCUGCGUGGAGAGUUGCGAUCAUGACCGAGAAUGUCCUGCUCAGAAGAAAUGCUGCUCCAACGGGUGUGGUCACACCUGUCAGUCUCCCAAAGACCUGUACAAUGGUGCUCCUCUGAAGCCGAGGAAGGAGCUGGGCUUCAAAGAACUCCCAUCUGGUCAGCUGGAGGUGCGUUGGUCCUCCCGCUUCAACAUCUCAGCUGAGCCGGUUGUCUACAUCCUGCAGAGGAGGUGGAACUUUGGCAUCCAGCCGAGCGAGGACACUGCCACCCCCUGGCAGGUGGUUGCACAGACCACAGAGCAGGGAGCGAGGCUCUCUGACAUCCGGCCAGGUCGCUGGUACCAAUUCAGGGUGGCAGCUGUCAACACCCGCGGGACCAGGGGUUUCACCACGCCCAGCAGACACAUCCACUCCAGCAGAGAUCCUGCCAAUCCUCCAGCUCCCACUGAGCUCAGAGUGGCCAAUAUGAGCUUUGGCAGUGGCAGGACGGUGUCGGGCAGGCUCCAGUGGAGCAUGCCUGCUGACCUGGAUGUUCCCGUGCACCACUUCAAGGUCAGCUGGAGCUGGACAGCAGUCGGACAACCGUCUGCUUCAUCCCUGACCAAGAGGAGGAAGACAGUCAGAGAGAGCCAGGUGGAGCUGGACAGCAUGCGGUCCAACAGGAGCUACAGUGUGGAGGUCCAGGCUGUGUCCUACUGGGGACAAACUCAGCUCAGAGGACCUCGAGCUGUCCUCCAUUUCACCACACAGCGCACCAGCAGUACUGCUCCUAGAAACCCGACAGGUGACAAUCUGGAUGUGGGGACACCAUUCUACCAGGAUGGACAGCUCCAGGUUCAUGUGUACUGGCAGAGCAGCAAGGAUCCCUCAGCUGAUCUCUACAGAAUCCAGUGGGGACCAGAGCGUUGUGGACACAACCAGACUAGACCCAUGGAGAAGACCACCACACAGGAGACCUUUGUCAACCUGCGGGGCUUGCUCUUCUCCUGUAAGUAUAAAGUUGUUCUGCAGCCGGUCAGCAAGAGGAGUCGCCCUCUGUCAGAAAGCACCAGCUUCUUCACUCCCGCAUGUGCUACCAUCCAGGCCAGGAGUCCCAAACCCAUCACCUGUCCUGGAGAAACAGCAGUGUCCCCUCAGAAGGUCCUGGUGAAGGUGGCCAACCUGACAGCAUCCUUUGAGGUCUGGGGCGGCAAUGUGACAGCUAUCUUUAGCUGGGAUUUGUCCCCAACCCCGCCCCUCCAGCAGCUAACUGGUUACCAGGUGACCUGGGCAGAGGUCAUCCCCACCCACCGGCACAACAUCAACAAGCUGCCUCACAGCCUCAUAUCCCAGUCCCAGAUCCUGCCCCCGGAUGGUAACAUUCUGAUAGUGCCCGGCCUGCACCCUGCCAGUCUGUACAGGCUGGAGGUCCAGGCCAUCACAGCAGAGGGCGAAGGUCCUGCAACCAGCCGAACCUUUCAGACUCCUGGACACCAGAGCACUCUGAAAUACAGACCCAGGCCGAGGAAGAAUCCCUAUAAACAGCCAAUCAUUCAGAGGCACUGGGCCCAGACGGCCAAUCAGCCUGCAUGAACAAAGUCUCCCAAACUGAUCAGGAAUCCACAGAAGAGUGAUCAGUCGUGACAAUUGCAAAAUCACCAGCUUCAAGAUCGAGAUGAAUUCUCCACAACAACUAGCAACCAUUUA